AUGUCUCCGAAGACAGAACAGCAUUCACGGCUGGCCGUGCUCGGCACCGUCGUCUUUUACAUGGUAGUAGCCAUCAGUAUGACGCUGUUAAACAAGUCCGUACUCAGCUCAACACCCAUGCCAGUAUUCCUACUGUUCUGUCAGUCAGCAGUAGCUGUCGUGUUGUUGGGACUAGAAAAUAUGUUUGGACCGUAUAAGACCCCUAGGUUCGAAUCCAGUACAGCUAAAGAUCUACUCCCACUGGUAUUCGUCAACGUGUUAGGGUUGAUCUUCAACAACGCUUGUCUACAAUACGUCGACGCAUCUUUUCAUCAAGUAGCUAGAGGAUUGGUACUUCCAUUUACGAUCAUAGUAACCAUCAUAGUACUUCAUCAAUACCCUUCUCCACUUGCACUCAUCGCCGCUUUGAUAGUGACCUUUGGGUUCUUCUCUGGAGUAUUGUUCGACCCCAAUCACGCUUCCUCGGCGGCGUCUGCUGCUGUAGCAGGCAAACAUACGAGUUCUCUGGGUAUAACGUUCGGAGCGAUGUCGAGUGUUUCUUCGGCUUGUCAUGCGGUCUUGAUAAAAAGGGGAUUGGCAUCCGUAUCGAACUCACCUAUAUCAUUAUCAUACUACAAUAAUAUCUUAUCUACCCUCGCUCUUGUUCCAAUGUUCAUAAUCUCCGGUGAACUUCCCUCGGCGAUUAGGUUAUUGUCUAAUGGAGGUGCAAGUCAGUUCUUAUGGGGUGCAGCGAUCACCGGUCUAUUCGGUUUCCUAAUUUCUUUGGCCAGUUUUAUAUCCAUCAAAGUUACUUCUCCCGUUACCCACAUGAUUUCAUCAGCUACACGAGGAGUACUGCAGACCAUGUUGGCAGUUUGGAUAUUCGGGGAUGUCAUGUCUAGGGGCCGAAUAAUAUCGAUCUUCUUGAUUAUCUCAGGAUCAGUCCUCUACGUUUACGCCAAAACUGAAGAUUCCAAAAAAUCGUCGAAGCAGAACCACGAUGAGGUUGGCGUUUCACUCAAUCCGAAAUCCCUAGAAAGAGGGGAUGUGCUAUUUGAGAAUGACGUUGAGAAAGAUGAUAAUGAGAAGCAGAGGUAA